AUGAAUAAUGAAAAUAUUUUAUAAGUAUAUCCUUUAGGAGCUGGGCAAGAAGUCGGUCGAAGUUGCAUUAUAAUUAAAAUUUUUGAUAAACUAAUAAUGCUAGACUGUGGUUUACAUAUGAGUAUGACAGAUUAAACCAGAUAUCCUGAUUUUGAAAAAAUUAAAUAAAAAUUUAAUUUUCCAGCUAAUACAUAAUAUACUGAUAUAAUAGACUUAGUUUUAAUUUCUCAUUUUCAUUUAGAUCAUAUAGGCGCUUUACCUUAUUUUUCUGAAAUUUAUUAAUAUGACGGUCCUAUAUAUAUGACAGCCCCUACGAAAGCUUUAUUUCCCUAUAUGUGUGAGGAUUAUAGAAAAGUAAUAUCUGAUACAUAUAAAAAAGAAAAUAUGAUAGAUGAUAAUAAUAAUAAUGAUUAAUUAUAAAAAAUGCCUUUUGUUUAUUCUUAAGAAAAUAUAUAAAAUAGUUUCCAGAAAGUUUAAACAAUAUAAUUAUUAGAAACUAUAGAUGUAAAUGGUAUAAAAAUUAAGCCAUACUAUGCUGGACAUGUAUUAGGCGCGUGUAUGUUUUUAAUAGAAUAUAAAGGAAUAAAAGUUGUUUACACAGGAGAUUUUCAUUCUAAUGCAGAUAGACAUUUAGGUGCGGCUUGGAUAGAUAAAAUAAAUCCUGAUCUGUUGAUAUCUGAAUGUACAUACGGAACUAUUGUUAGAGAAUCUAAAAGGGCCCGAGAAAGGACUUUUUUAUAAUAAGUAUAAGAAACGAUAGAUUAAGGAGGGAAAGUAUUAAUUCCUGUUUUUGCACUUGGAAGGGCCUAAGAAUUAUGUGUUUUAUUAGAAACAUACUGGCAAAGAACAUAGAAUUAGGCACCUGUAUAUUUUGCUGCUGGUAUGAUUGAGAAAGCUAAUUUUUAUUAUAAAUUAUUUGUAAACUGGACAAAUGAGAAGAUAAAAAGUUGCUAUUUAAUUGAUAAUAUGUUCAAUUUUAAACACAUUAAACCGUUUCAGAAAUCUCUUAUUAAGGCAAAUAUGCCUAUGGUAUUAUUUGCAACACCAGGAAUGCUUCAUGCGGGACUUUCAAUGUAGGUUUUUAAAGAAUGGUGUUAUGAUUCAAAGAAUACUCUUAUUAUUCCAGGAUAUUGUGUAGCAGGAACUUUAGGAAAUAAAUUAUUGAGUGGAUGUAAAUAAGUUAUAUUAGAUAAAAAAACUUACGAUGUUAAUAUGAAAGUUAAAAAUAUGAGUUUUUCUGCUCAUGCAGAUGCUAAGGGUAUUUUAGGAUUAAUAAAACAUUGUGAAGCUAAAAACGUACUUUUAGUACACGGUGAUGUGGCUAGAAUGAUGUCUCUUGCAGAAUCAGAAUAUAUUAAAUAAUUCUAAUGA